AUGCCGCUCUAUACCAAAUUCUUAAAGGAGCUCAUGACAAGGAAGAGGAUUUGGGGAGAAAAAGAGACUGUAGUGCUCACUGAAGAGUGUAGUGCCAUAAUACAAAAGAAGCUCCCCCAGAAAUUGAAUGACCCUGGGAGCUUCCAAAUCCCCUGUAUCAUUGGGGAUAUAAGCAUUGAGAAGGCACUAUGUGAUCUAAGAGUCAGCAUCAACCUUAUGUCCUUGGCGAUGAUGAAAAGGAUGAGGAUUGAAGAAGCAAAACCUACAAGAAUGGCUCUUCAAUUAGCUGACAGAACUUUCAAAUUUCCCCAUGGUGUGGUGGAGGAUUUGUUGGUAAAAGUGGAAGAGUUCAUCUUCCUAGCUAAUUUUGUUGUUCUUGAUAUGGAAGCAGAGGCCAACACAUCAAUCAUCCUAGGAAGGCCAUUCCUAACUACUGCUGGAGCCAUAAUUAAUGUUCAAAAAGGGGAGCUAGUCUUGAGAUUACAUGAAGAGAAGAUGGUCUUCAAUGUCUUCAAGGUAAUGAGCUACCCCAAGGAAUCCAUUGGUGAAUGCAUGAUGGUGGAUACAAUUGAAAAUCUGGUUCAAGGAGUCCUAGAGGAAGAACAAUGUAAAAAAAUCAAAGAGAAAGAUCGACAAGGCUCAUAUGGUGAGCUACCACUGGAGACUAUGGACAAAUCAAUCAUGAUGGACAAGACAAGUAAAAUGGAAGUAGAGGCACCAAAGUUGGAGCUGAAAACUCUGCCUCCAAGCUUGAAAUAUGCUUACUUGGGUGACAACAACACAUACCCAGUGAUCAUCAAUUCAAGCUUGAAUGAGGAACAAGAAGAGGAGCUAAUCCAAGUGUUGAAGCAACACAAGGAUGCUAUAUGGUGGACACUUGCAGAUCUAAAGGGAAUCAAUCUUUCAAUGUACAUGCACAAAAUCCUACUUGAGGAAGGUGCAAAGCCCUCAAGAUAG